AUGAACCCUGCAAUGAAGAGCUCCUGCGUUCAAUCCCGAAGAAGGAUACCAGCUUGGAAUCAUCAUUACCAUCAUUCAUUGGUUUUGUUACUACUCCUACAACUGUUCAGCAAUUCGGUAGUAUCCGCCUACACUUGUACUUUUUCGGGGCACCAUACAAGUCAUGGAACAAAGCCAUCCCUAUUGUGCCGACACGGAACCAAGAGUAGCAGUGGGGUCUUUGAUGCCAGACGAAUCACGAUACUGUAUUCGUCAACCGAACAAGAAGCAGAUGGUUCGGUAAACACGGCGGUAUCCACGCAACAUGGCGACGACGACAACAACGACGACAAUGCUGUGCAAACUACAGAAGAAGACGGCGAACGCUAUGCCAGCUCCAAGUUGAAACGAUUGUUGCAACGCAUGAGGGACGUCGCACCGAGACUGCGAAUACGGCUGCCAGCCUUCAUGGCACGCAUGAGGUCGAUAGAAGAGUUGGAAUCAUCCUCCGACGCUGCCCCGGAGGGAGAGAAAGGUCUUGGUGACGAAAAUAUUAUGGAAGAUAUUGAGGAAGAUGUUGAGGAAGAUGAUGAGGAAGAAGAAUCGGAUGGUCGAAGUGUCACUGCAGCAAGUCACGUUGACUUGUCCGGCAUCUGGCGUCCCAUUGUUACUCCUCAUUUCAAAGCGCAAUACGAUCAAUAUCUCCAAAAUUGCAGUCAAUCGUUCAUGUUUCGAAAGGUCGUUGUCAAUGGAAUUUCCUUGCAAAAAGAAACCAUUAGUCAAUUGGAGAAUGGAGCGAAUUUGCAAAUUGUGGCGUCGAAUCCCGCCGGAAAUUGGAAUCGGACCUUGGUGGCAUCCUCCGCUCAAGAUCCAAGGAAUGUCACUAUGCAAGAUCCGGAUGGUGAUAGAGUCGAGGUGGAAGCCUGGUGGGAAGAUGAUGGAAAAGUCCACAAAUCAUGGUUACGCAACAAGCCACGGGUGUUGGGGGGAGCGUUUGAAACAGCUCGGUAUCUUUCCAAAGAAGAUCCAAACAUCUUAAUCUGCGACUCGGUCUUUCAUCCUAACCCGGAUGCACCAGCUUCGAAAGGAUUCAAGUAUGGCCGAGUCUUAUGGCAGUUUCGAAGAGAGGAAUAA